ACACAAGAGUUAAGAUGUUAUUGAUGUUGAAGUCAUAUUCAUUUCAGUGUCGUAUCAGCCAAGUGAAAGUGUGGUGUGGUUAUUAUUAUUAACUCGUAGAAUUCACGCUCAUUAAUACAAACAAAUCGCAGAAAUAAAAGUCUCAAAUUCAGACAAAAUGUUAAAAACUUACGAACUAAUUGAUCGAUCGAAUUCUGUAUUCUGUUCGUUCAUUGUGUGCUCUGCAAUAUUAGUGCUGAAAAUGUUGGUCAUGUCGACAUUAACAUCAAUUCAACGAUUUCGUACGCAGUUGGUAAAGUGGUUCGGAUGCAAUGGAGAAAACAAAAAUCGUAAUUCCAAUCCCGUUACCUCGACUUUCUCAGCACCAGAAGAUGUUGUCUUUUCUGAGGGAGCCGAAGUUAACUUUAACAACGAAAAUAUAAACCGUGUUCGAAGAGCUCAUCGAAACGACAUGGAAAACAUCCUGCCGUAUCUGACAAUUGGCCUGCUUUACGUUUUAACGGAUCCUCUGCCAUGGCUUGCAAAAAGUUGCUUUUUAAUAGCGACAAUUGCUCGACUCUUGCAUACAUUCGUCUACGCAGUCUACGUUAUACCGCAACCAGCGAGAGCUAUUUGCUUUUUCGUGCAAUGGUUCAUCACCAUUUAUUUUGCCAUAGCAACGAUUGUUUUCUUCAUUCCUUAUUUUUAAUUUUUGCGAAUUUUUUGUUAAGUUUUUCUUGUUUGGUGAUUUGUAAAUAAA